CAGUUGCUCAAUGCGUCUUUGCGGGAAGAGAUUCCAAAAGCGAGGCUAGCGUUAAUUAAAUCCGCGGUACAUUCGAGCAGACGACAGAACCCAGACCAGCUAUGGAAGCUGACAUGCUGUCACUGGAGGUUUUCUGCGACGGACCAAAUGCGUUUACAUCCCUACCGGACCGUCCUUCGUGCAUGUUUUCAACACCAUCACCAAAAAUGUCGUCCAAAAAGGCUUACGAAAUGGCAUCGAAAGAAAAUUGCCGGGAGUUGGUUCACUGCAAGCGGCGACUCGACUUUUCUCCCCAGCAGUCGUACUUGGACUUCCAGAGACCCCCGACUAUCGCCGUGGCGAGGCGGAACGAGAGGGAGCGGAAUCGAGUAAAGCUCAUCAACACGACGUUCGCCUCCCUGAGGGACCACCUCCCCCACGCUUCCAAAGGGAGCAAGGCGAAGAAGAUGAGCAAGGUGGAGACUCUGAGGGCGGCCAUCGACUACAUCCGGGACCUGCAGUCGAUGAUCGGGGACGCGGACAGCUCACUGUUUGACGAACACUCCAAGAUUAAGAUGGCCCUGGAGCAGGCCUGCGGGACCAUCUCCCAGGACGUGACGUCACCCUCCACGUCAGUCAGCUCCAUGUCACCCUCGCCGAAAUCUUCCGACUCCUCCUACGACGUGCUCGCAGCCGAGGACGAUCAGCUGAUCGACUUCGUCAACUGGUUUUAGAGCCAGCAUUCAGGUGUCAGAUACCACGUGACGUGAACGCCCAAUCGGAUUAGUCGGAGAUCUCUUCCCUUAAGAUAGCGGAAGAUAUCCGCGUGAUGUCGCUGUAUGAACAAGGGCUCGUUCCAGGCCCUUGUUUCCACCGCGUCACCCUGACUGGGCACAAAGAAGGGGCCGUCGUAGCUGGAAGACUUUUUGUGUUUCGUUGGCAGUAUUAUGGAAGACGUCGACAGUUAUUACACCGUGUUACGUUGAUGGAGUUGUUUAAAGACACGGCAGCCAUUGUUGUUACGCUGCCUUUAAAUGUGGCCAUAAUUGAUGUAUGUUUGUUUCAAAGAAUUCUAUUUUCAUAAUUAUUUCAUUGUACAUAUUCAUUGUUAAUUUAUUAUCAUCAUCAUUAAAGCUCAAAUUAAAUUAUUUUUUA